AUGAUGACGUGCCGUCUGCUGUGCGCCCUGUUGGUGCUCGCCCUGUGCUGCUGCCCGUCAGUGGGCGGGACAGCGGCUAAUGAAGAUACAGUUGAUAACCCUGGAGAACACUCCGAUCCAACGAAGCCUAAGCCAGAGGUAAAAAAUCAGGUGACGCAAUUGCCUAGUACAACUCCUCUUUCGUCAAAAGUAAGUGGGGGAGGGAAAGGAAUGGCAAAGUCACAAAGUGAUCUCAACCAGGCACAGGGUCAGGAAAAAGAUGAGAAAUCCACUAAUGAAGAGGUGGAUGGUGAUGAAACCGAUAACGCAAAAGACCAAAAUCAAAAAACAAAUGCAAUAAAUAAGACAACCACUACGACAACCACGACAACCACAACGACCACGACAACACAGGCACCAACCACUACAAUGACUACCAAGACACCAACUACGACGACCACCCGCGCACCGUCACGUCUUCGCGAAAUCGACGGCAGCCUCAGCAGCUCUGCGUGGGUGUGUGCCCCGCUGCUGCUCGCCGCAUCCGCGCUGGCGUACACCACUCUGGGCUGA